AUGUCGGCUGCCUCGGCCGCGCCCAUUCAACCUUCAACAAAGGCCACUGCCGCCGUACCGAAACUCAACAGCGAGAUGGAGAUGGGAAGCCUGCCCGGCGAUGGCCAGGACCAGGAGGAGGACAUCAUGCAGAUUGCCCGUGUGGGCGAUGUCCCGGCCAUGGAGAAGCUGUUUGAAUCCGGCGAGUUCGACGCUACAUAUACCGAUGACGAAGGGAUCACUCCCCUGCACUGGGCUGCCAUUAACAACCAGUACGCCAUGUGCAAGUUCCUCAUCGACCACGGCGCCGAGAUCAACAGAAAGGGAGGCGAUUCGAUUGCGACACCUCUCCAGUGGGCUGCCCAACGUUGCCAUUACUACACGGUCAAUCUACUCCUCCAGCAUGGCGCCGACCCUCUUAUCACCGACGCUCAGGGUUACAACACUCUUCACAUCUCGACCUUUAACGGCAACGUCCUCCUUAUCGUCCUCCUGCUACACCAGGGCAUCCCCGUGGAUGUCAUCGACAACUUUGGCCACACGGCGCUGAUGUGGUCGGCGUACAAGGGCUUCCCCGCGUGUGUCGACGUCUUCCUGCGAUGGGGCGCCAGCGUCCAUGCUACGGAUGAGCAAGGGUUCACGGCCCUGCAUUGGGCCUUGGUCAAGGGCAACCCGGGUUGCAUUCUCAAACUUAUCGAGUACGGAGCCGACCGGUUUGCAAAGACACAGACUGGAAAGACUCCAGCUGUGACCGCGAGCGAGUUGAACACCCAGUCCGCCUGGCACCGUGCCCUCCGGGAGUGCGGCUUCGACGAAGAUGGCCAUCCCGCAAUUCCAGCGUGGCCUGGCGCAAGCUAUUUCUUGAAGGACAAGAGGGCCUUUGUGACCAGGUUUCUCUUCUUCUGGCCGUUCCUGUUGGUCUGGUCAAUGGUUAUGAUUUUAUCGCAAGCACCCGUAUAUUUCGGCGUGCCGUUGGCAUUGGCCGCUGUGUAUGGCAUCCAAUGGUGUGCUCAGCAGGUGCUAGAGUAUGCACCCUCUGACAUGCGACACUUCCACAAGACACCUUGGCUUGCUGGUAUCUUUGCUGCCACGCUCUUUUUCGUCGGCGUGAACUGGCUGACCAAUGUUUUCUGGGCAACGACGAUGGGAGCGAAUGCGGGAAACACACAUACUUUCCUCAACCUUGCUUUUGGCGUAUUCUUUGGCCUCACGGCGUAUUUCUACAUUGCUAGCAUGAGAUAUGACCCUGGAUUCGUUCCCAAGAUGAACGGCAUUGCGGAGCAAAAGGCCGUCAUUGACGAGCUGCUUCAGCAGUGGAAGUUUGACGAGUCCAACUUCUGUGUUACGUGCAUGAUUCGGACGCCUCUACGAAGCAAGCACUGCCGUAGAUGCCAGCGAUGUGUUGCCAAGCACGACCACCAUUGUCCCUGGGUCAACAACUGCGUUGGAGUUAACAACCACCGCCACUUCUUCUUCUACAUUGUUGCUCUCAGCUUCGGAAUUCUUUCGUAUGACUGGUUGUUGUAUCAUUAUUUCAACACCGUUUCUGAGAAUGCGUCGGACAUUUGCAAUGUUCUGAGCCCCAGUCUCUGCAAGAUGGUCAACGCCGACUCUUACACCGCCCUCCUGGGUGUCUGGAUUACGCUCCAGCUCCUCUGGGUGACCAUGCUCCUAUUCACCCAGUUCUUCCAGGUUUCCCGGGCCAUGACUACUUUCGAGAACAUGUACGGUAUCCGAGAUGCCAGUGCUACCACCGCUUUCACAUCUACGGGUACUCCUCUCGACCCCAACCAUCCUUCUCUAUCCACACCCGCUGCCCACGGUGCCCACGGUCACAAGCAUAAGGGCGGCAUGCUCAAGCAGUGGAGCCGCCUCCUGGGCGUUGAUCCUUUUAUUGAGACCAUCACUGGCCGAGGAGCCGCGUCUACUCAGAACAAGCGCAAGAAGAAGAACCCCUACAGCCGAGGCUGCGUGGCCAACUGCAAGGACUUCUGGUGCGAUCCCGCUCCCAUCUUUGGGCCGAGGGAGAAUGGCACCGCCGUUCUUGGUGGCGAGAGGAUUGACUACACGGCGACUUACGAGAGCCCGACACUGAUGCAAUUGACUGGCAGACGUGAUCGUGGUGGUUACGAAGCUGUGGGCGGGGAGGAUGUCUAA